CGUUCCCCAGCCCACUCGACCGCCAUGGAUCGCCUCGAGUCUCUCGGAAACACGCUUUCUAACCUCACGAUGUACGAUAUCAAGAGUAUGUACAACCAGGCGAAGAACGUGGUGCUCAACGUCAGUGAGAUGGAGGCAAAGGUUCGAGAGGCGACGAAUGACGAGCCUUGGGGUGCGAGUUCUACGUUGAUGCAGGAGAUUGCCCAAGGCACGUUCAACUUCCAAAAUUUCAACGAGAUUAUGCCGUGUAUCUACGCUCGUUUUAUGGAGAAGGAAGCAAAGCAAUGGCGACAGAUCUACAAGGCUUUGCAACUGCUUGAGUACCUUGUCAAGAACGGCAGUGAGCGGGUCGUUGAUGACGCGCGUUCACAUAUCGCGACGAUCAAGAUGCUCCGUAAUUUCUAUUACAUAGACGAGAAAGGAAAGGAUCAAGGGUUGAACGUUCGUAACCGCUCGAAGGAACUUGUCGAUCUACUCAGUGACGUCGAUAAAAUCCGCGCGGAGCGCCGCAAGGCAAAGUCCAACAAGAACAAAUACACCGGCGUUGGCAACGAUGCUCUCGGCCUCACAUCUGGCGGAAGUCGCUAUGGCGGGUUCGGUAGUGAGGGCAUGGGAUCAGGCAACGGAUGGGGCGGAGGAAGCAGCAGUUACGGCGGAGAUUACAGCAGCCGAGACUACAACGAUUACUCCUCCGGUGGUGGUAGCGGCGGAUUCAGAGAUUCCUCUUCCAGGAAGACAUACGAUGAAUAUGAAGCUGGCGACGAUGACGUUGUAGCUGCACGUCGUUCCAACUCGAUUGGUGGUUCCACGUCUUCUUCUACACCGCGGAGAAGGGAAACUGGAACUCCUGCUACCCCUGCGACCCCUACUGCGGCCGCGAAGUUUAAAGCGCCCGUGCCAGAUUUGCUCGGUUUGGAUGAUGACUUCUCUGCUCCUGUGACUGCGCCUCCGCCCGCUGCCAACAAGGCCCUGCCUACUGUCGCUCCUGCUUCCGAUCUUGUUGAUGACGACUUUGACGACUUCCAAGCGGCGCCUCCUUCAGCUGGACCUGCCACCAGCAACCUUGCGUUCCUCGGCUCUGCACCCAUUGCUCCGGCCGCGGCUCCUCCGAAGGCUACUUCUCCACCUCUCGUCCAGCAGACACCCCUUACACCCCAACCUAACGCUAGCUUAUUCAACAUGCUGUCUUCCACGACCACCGCUUCACCGCCACCGCUUCAAGCCAACAGGGCUCCGUCUUAUAUGGGCUCAGGUAUGGGUUCCGCCAUGACACCCACUGCCGUCCCCAACUACACCUCGCCUAUCAUGACCCCGAACGCGCCGGCGCGCCAAGGCUCAUUCGGCGGUGCCUCCACUACAUCCACAACACAAGCGGCCAAGCCCGCGUCUUCUGGUGGCUUUGACGACCUGUGGACGAUGUCGCUGGGUUCUGCUGCCAGCAAGCCGCAGCAGUCUUCCACGCCAGCCAAGUCUAUCCAAGACAUACAAAAGGAGAAGACGCAGACCGCCAUGUGGGGGUCGGGCCAGCAGGCGAGGCCACCCAUGGGUGCUGGCUUCGGCUCGUUCGGUGGUGCCCCCGCUGGUGCAUCGUCGACGCCGAGUGCUGCCCCGCCUUCGUCAUCCGGCAAUGGCAUCGAUGACUUGCUGUUCUAGAACAUCGGACUAGUUGCUCCGUCUAUCUCACGCCCACACAACAGCGCCGCUCCGUUUCCGUCUUUGUUUGUGUCGCUUUAUUGCAGUUCCUGAAUACAUGGAGGUCAAUACGG